AAUUAUUAACAAGAGGUGCCGCCCUAACCCAGACCUUCAUCGUUUGCGAAAGUGGACCACACCUGAGGCUCUCAAUUGUGCAACAAAUUUGUAUAAAAAUCGCCGAAUAGUCGUCAACACUAUCAGUCUUCACUAAACCAAAAAACCACAAUGGCAUUCAAAUUCGUAGUCUUCGCCGCCGCUUUGGCUUACGCCAACGCCGGUCUUAUCGGAGCCCCCGCCGUGGCUUACUCCGCUGCCCCAGCUGUCAGCAGUGCCUACAUCCACCAAGCCGCCCCUGUCGUAGCUGCUGCUCCCGUUGCUUACGCUCACGCCGCCCCCGUCGCUUACACUCACGCCGCUCCCGUCGCUAUCCACGCCCCAGCCGUCGGUGCUUCUCACCAAAGCGUUGUCCGCUCCCUUGGAGGCAACCAAGCUGUGUCAACCUACUCCAAAGCCGUCGACAGUGCCUUCUCCAGCGUUCGCAAAUACGACACUCGUAUCACCAAUGAUGCUCUCGCUGUAGCUCACGCUCCAGUUGCUGUAGCUCACGCCGCUCCCGUUGUCUCUACCUACGCUGCUCACGCCGCUCCCGUAUACUCCACCUAUGCUCACGCCGCCCCAGUUGUUUCCACUUAUGCUCAUGCCCCAGUUGCUGUAGCUCAUGCCGCCCCUGUUGCCACCUACGCCGCUCAUGCCCCUGUUGCCACCUACGCCGCUCAUGCCCCAGUUGUUGCCACCAAAACUGCCGCUGUUGCCUAUUCCCCAGCUGCCGUUGUUUCUCAUGCCACUUUCACCGGUUUGGGAGCUUCCUAUGCCUGGUAAAUCGAGGUCUGACUGCGAUUUGUACAGAUAGUUUUAGUGUAACUUAUUUAUGAAAAUAAAUAAAGAAAUCAUAAGAAAAAA